ACAGGCUGUGAUGCCAAAGCCCAAUAAAGAGAUGGCACAAAGGAUCGUCAUUCUUAAAAUAGCUGUACUUCUCAUUUUCUGUCCAUCUGUGUGCUCGGAAAACAAAUGGUACCCCAAAAGUCUGCAGUGUGACGUGUCGAGGAUUAGCAAUGACACUGAGGUAAAAGUGGACUGUACCAGCAGAAGAUUAACGUCGGUUCCUCCAGGAAUUCCAUCCAACACCACCAACCUGACGCUGACCAUUAACCACAUUUCUCACAUAAACAACACCUCCUUCCUCGGCCUCAGUAACAUCACAGAGAUUGACAUGCGCUGCAACUGCGUACCCAUCAAGAUCGGUCCGAAGGACCACGUGUGCAUGCAAAGUGUGCAGAUCGAUAACGGAAGCUUCUGGGAGCUUAAGACUCUCAGGUCGCUUUACCUGGACGGUAAUCAGCUCUCCAGCAUCCCUAAAGGACUCCCACAGAACGUUGUGCUCCUCAGCCUUGAGGUCAACAGCAUUUCCACAAUUCUGAAGGAAAACCUCACAGAGCUUACCAACAUCCAGAUUCUGUACCUUGGCCAGAAUUGUUAUUUCCGAAACCCGUGUAACAGGUCGUAUUAUAUCGAGCCGGACGCUUUUUUGCAGCUUGACAAAUUGACUUUGCUGUCGCUUAAAUCAAACAAUCUGUCUUACGUUCCUCACAAGCUACCAUCAAGUCUCAAGGAGCUCUACUUAUACAACAAUAACAUAGAAAAGGUAACAGAGGAGGAUUUUAACAACUUGACCGAGUUAGAGAUCCUGGAUUUGAGUGGAAACUGUCCCCGAUGUCACAACGCGCCUUUUCCGUGCGUUCCGUGUCCUAACAACGCUCCUCUUCAGAUUCACAAUCUCUCCUUCCUCAACUUGAACAAACUUAAAGUUCUUCGUCUUCAUAGCAACUCUCUCACCACUGUGAACCCGCUGUGGUUUCAGGGCUGCAAAGAACUUCAGGUGCUGGACCUCUCCAGCAACUUUUUAGCAAAAGACAUAACACACACCUCCUUUCCUCAUUCACUGCCUUUUCUAGAGGAACUUGAUCUCUCUUUUAAUUACGAGCUCCAGAGGUAUCCUUCAUCACUAAACCUGUCUCGGUCUUUCUCCUCAUUGAAGUCACUCAGGAUCCUGAGAAUCAGAGGCUUUGUGUUCCAGGAGCUCAAACAAGAAGAUAUUCAGCCUCUAACUUUUUUGGGGAAUCUCCAAAUGAUUGACCUCGGGACAAACUUCAUCAAGUUAACUAAUCUAAGCAUCCUCAAAGGCCUGAAAAACUUCCACAUCAUCAAUUUGUCGGACAACAAAAUCUCAUCACCUUCAGAGGUCGAGCAUGCAGCUGCGCUCUCGAUGGCACGUGGCUUCCCCAAGCAGGACGACACUUCCCCAAUGUCACGAGGCACUCAAUACAGAAGUGGUGAAGUGAGAGAGAUUCACUAUUUUAGAUAUGAUGAAUACGCACGAAGCUGCAAAAAUAAAGACAAAGAACUUGGAACUUUGAGUCCUUUCAACACACAGUGUAGCUCCUUUGGGAAAACUCUGGAUCUCAGCAGAAACAACAUUUUCUUUUUACAUUCAAGAUUCUUGAAUCUCUGCGAGCUCCAGUGUCUCAAUUUAUCAGGAAAUGCCAUGAGCCAAGCUUUAAAUGGUUCAGAAUUUGUUCAUCUGAAAAAUCUGAAAUACCUUGACUUCUCCCACAAUCGUCUUGAUUUGAUGUUCUCCUCGGCAUUCAAGGAACUGAGCAAUUUAGUCGUGCUGGACAUCAGUCACAACAACUACUACUUUGAAGCAGAAGGUUUGACUCACAUGCUAAAUUUUACCAAAAAUCUUCACAAUAUGAACAAGUUAAUAAUGAACCACAAUCAAAUAUCCACAUCCACCAAUACGGAGCUGGAGAGUUCUUCUCUGGAAUAUUUGGAAUUUAAAAGCAAUCGCCUUGAUCUGUUAUGGAGAGAUGGUGAUACACGAUAUCACAACUAUUUUAAAAAACUUGAAAAAUUAAAAUCCCUUGACAUCUCUCACAACAACCUUAACUUCAUUCCCAAGCCAAUUUUUCAAAGCCUUCCCAAAACACUCAGAGAAUUCAACAUUACAAACAACAAGUUGAAAUCGUUCUACUGGAACGGUCUUAGGUUUCUUCCAAACCUGGAGGUCUUGGACCUUAGUGCAAACCUCUUAACAAGUGUUCCUCCUAAGCUUUCCAACUGUUCCAUAUCUAUUACAACACUGGUUUUGCGUAAGAAUCAGAUCUUGAGGCUGAGCCCAGAGUUCCUCCAAGAUGCAUUUAGCCUGAAAAAACUGGACCUGAGUUACAAUCAAAUCAAAUACAUUGAGGAGUCGAGCUUCCCCGAAGAUGUGAUAGACAAGCUGGAGAUUUUAUUCUUAAACAACAACCGGUUUGUUUGCUCCUGCAAUGCCACAUGGUUCAUCCGGUGGGCCAAUCGCACGUCUGUGUACAUUCCCCGACUAGCCACGGACGUGACCUGUGCGUCUCCUGGCACACAACGGGGUCAGAGUGUGAUUUCUCUGAACCUCCAAGCCUGCCAGCAUAACUCUCUCUCCAUAAUUUUCAGCAUCCUGACCACGUCUGUGACCCUGAGUGUCCUCACCCUGUCCAUCUCCAGCCAUCUCUUUCUCUGGGAUGUGUGGUACAUCUACCACUUCUGCCUUGCCAAACUCAAGGGAUACCGCCGGCUUCUCUCGGAAAGCACGGCCUACGACGCCUUUGUAGUCUACGAUAAAACUGACACAGCAGUGAGUGACUGGGUGCUGCAGGAGCUCCGGGCUCAACUGGAAGACUGUGGUGAACCAAGACUCCAUCUUUGCUUGGAAGAUCGCGACUGGGUUGUGGGUUGUCCCAUCAUCGAGAACCUUUCUCAAAGCAUACAGCUUAGCAAGCGUACCAUAUUCAUCCUGACCACUCACUUUAUCCAGAGCGGCUACUUCAAAAUGGCUUUCUAUUUAGCACACCAGCGGCUCAUGGAUGAGAAGAAUGACGUCAUCAUACUGAUUUUCCUGGAGAGGUUUUCCUCCAGACAUUCUAAGUACCUGAGGCUCAGGAAGAGGUUGUACAAAAGAUCUGUGCUGGAAUGGCCAAGGAAUCCUCAAGCGCAGCAGUAUUUCUGGUUUUGUCUCAGGAGCGUCAUGGCCACUGAGAGCCAGCGGCACUACAACAAGCUCUUCCAGGAAACACUGUAACUCUCACAAUGACAUUUUUACAUUUAUGGUCAGGUUUUUUAUUAAUGAUUUCACAAUGUAUUUCUU